AUGGGAAUUAAAUUUGAUAAAGUAAAUCCAGAUCCAUUUGCAAUGAUUUGUCCAACACAGCUAGUUAAUUCAGAUGAAGCAGGGUCUAUUUAUUUCGUCAUGCAUAAGCCUGGAAAAGAGAAUGAUUCUGAAAUAAAACGUCAUGAAUCUGAAAAAAAGACUCAUUAUGCAUUGGCAAUAGAUAUGACAGGAUCAUCAAAUACUGAUUAUUUUAUUGCGACACAUUACGACCUAUAUGUUGUAAGUUCGACAAAUUACACAACACAUGUUGAGUCUACUUUCAAGAAACAUGCAUGGGACCAUUAUUCAUUAAUUCAAAAACUUGGUAAAAUACCAAUUGAUGAUAUUUUAAGAUUUCAUAUUCCAACUCAUUUUGCGAAACAUAUUGAAUAUCGAUUAAUAAAUGAUGUUUUUAAUCCUCUAUGUGAAGCAAAUAAAGGUCCAGGAUGGUCUUCAAUACUAAACUGUCAAAGUUUCACACGUGCAAGUAUUGAACAUUUGGGAUAUGAAUUCCCAUCGACUGUUCAUGUAACAUUAACUAAUACAGAAAACAAUACUAAGAAAAAACUUCCAAAUAAACGAACAGAAACUGUUUCAAAAACUGGACAAACACGUAUUGCUACUCGUUCUUCACAAAAAUCUCCUUUAACACCAAUGAAUGAUGAAAAUGAUAAUUCAUUUAUGUCAAAUAUUCAAUCUGUUACUAUCUAUGCUGACGAAAAUCAACCACCAAAUCAUGAAAUACACGAUAUUGAACACGCGAAACUAAUUUAUGAAACUGCUGAUGGUCAUACAAAGCUCGCUCGAGCUGCGGCAACCGAUGCUUAUCUACUUGCUAAUCGAAAUGCAUCAAACGCUCGUUAUCCAAUAACAAUAAAUAAAACUUAUAAUUAA